AUGUCCCCUUGUUUUNCCCAAGAUAACCUGAGUAAAGCAACUGAUGUUGUUUUGCCAAAGAGUAAAGGGGCAGAUUAUACUUACCUAAUUUCUGAGGCCAAGGCUCAGUCCCAAACACAGUCUUUGGACGGCUUUGCCUCCUUCGAUGAUUCUAUUAGUGGGAGUGGGUUCUUUACUUUCUAUCAAAGGGCAGAGCCUAUUAUCAUGGAAUGCAGAUGA